CCCAAUUCUGUGGGUUUGUGGUUUAGGGCUGUUUAAGUACAAGGGGACUGGCUUCUCUAUGGGUUGGGUAACUCUGCCACCCAUUGCUUGUCAUAGAGAAAAGUGCGCAGGAGAGACAGUGUGUGUGGUCAACCUGGCCAAAAUCAAGCUAUUUGGUUUUAAUUGCACAGCACAACACCACAAUGCAACUAGACUCUGUUUUUUUUUUUAAAUGCUUGUCCUACCUCCCACUCAACUCCAGUUUCUCAAUACAAGUCACCCUUGUGUUAGGAAGGUGCUUGUUACCAUCUAAGUGGGGUGAAAAUAUCUUGCUUGUUUUGUGGAUAAAUAUCUGGAGAUUUCCCUUAAGUAGCAGUUGGAUUUCUCCUCUUAGAAGCACCAGAACUCAGUUGGGUGUAAGAUAGACACAGCUGGCUCACAUUCCCUCCCAUGUUAUGAUUCUGAUCCAAUCCUCUUCCCCUUGCUGGUAUUUGUUAAGCUCAGCUCUCCUCUCCCUUGGUACAGCGUGUAAGUAUAACUGUAGGGUUGGUCAACUUAGUUCCUUCUAGGGCUGUGUUGAAUUCUAGCUCUCCCUCCCUUGAACUUGUACGUCUUGUUGAGAAUUGUGAUGCGGCAGCUUAAGAAGAGCUUCCUACGUGUAUAACUCCUUGAAUUGUCUUCUUUCAACAUCCUAGGUAAACAAUCUUGGCUCUCAAGGGUAAUAAACCUGGGUUAGAAGGUGUUUGACUCAGUGAGAAAAUUAGGGUUUUCCUGGCUUAGGGCAGGCUUUGGAGGAAGUCAUGUUGUCUCCUUUUAAGAUUGAUUGGAGUUGGGACGACUAGCUUGCUUGGAAGGUUUGGUGAACUGUAUUGUGUUCCUGAGAGAUAAACAUCCCAGCCUUGCUUCCUCUCACGAAUUUGCUUCUGUCUCUGAAAUUUGGCCACCUGGUCGCCCCUCGGGGAUUGCAAAGUCGUGAUACACACACACUCUCCCCUCCCCCCUCCCUCCCUGUCCCUUUCACACACACAGACACCACAUUGGCUGUGCUGACAUGGAAAAUCUUUCUGCCUCCCUCCCCCUCACCCCACCCUCAAAAACACAGAAAAAGUCACAAAACUUGCUCCUUUAUUCAACCAAUGGGAGCAAAGAAGUACAAGGAUGAAUAUAGAGAGAAAAGGUGGGUGGGUGGGUGGGUGGAAAUGAUAGAGACCCCUGGCAAGGGAUAAGCGCAGGCCAAUACUUUUACGACGAAAGCAGCAGAAGCCAAUUGGCCGGAGAUACUUCUAGGUGUAACUAUUCUUCUCCCAACUUCAUAGUCCAAGGAGCAGAAGAUAUUUUGUGCUACUCAAACUUUGGUAUUUGUUUACCUGCAAGAAAUUUCUCCAAGCCGGCCAUCCCAUAAGAGACCUCUGCAAAGUGGUAUGGAGUCUUGGCAAGAAAGCUGGAGGGAUAACCCGGUGCAAAUGGUCCCUGUUGGAGCAGAGAUCGAAGGAACAGACUUUUUGGAAGAGUACAGGAAGAUUUUCCAAGAUGAUUUUGGUGACUUAGGUUCCUGGUUUCUACCUGAAAAUGAGGUGGAGCAGCAGCUGCCAAGCUGGACUGGUGGAAGUUACCUGGCUGAACUGGAGGGUUUUGAAAAGACAGUGCCAAUCCAUGAAUCCCUUGGCUUGAAAGGCUUUCCUGAGUACACCAAGACCAUUGUGGAAUUGAAGCAGGUUUCUUCUGAUCCAGAUUACAGAGAACCAUACCAUGGUGCUUCAAGAAUGGUGCUCCAACAAGACGGUGUCCCCCACAGCUUCGAGGGUUCCAGUUGUCCCCCGGCUGCGCCUCAGCCUUGGUUUGUCCUGUAUCCUGAUUCUCCUGGAGAACAGGUGUCUUCUGCUCAGCUUCCUCUUGGAGAUCAGCAAGAACAGCAGAAGGAAGAACAUUGGAUCGAGUCCCUUGGCCCCGAUUCAGGCAGCCAAUCCAGUGCCUUGGACAGCGAUUCUUGCCAGUGCGAUUCACCAAUCAGGAGCCAGAAAAAAAGGGAACGCAGAGACCAGGCGGACAGCAAGAACCCCAAUGCUUUACCUAGAGAUCGGACAGGGGCCGGACCCAUUCAAUUAUGGCGCUUUCUGCUGGAGCUCCUGCAAGAUGGCUCCUGCCAAGCCCUUAUCCGCUGGACAGGGAAUGACUGGGAAUUCAAGCUCUGUGACCCACACGAGGUGGCCAGGCGCUGGGGCAAACGGAAGAACAAACCCCGCAUGACGUACGAGAAACUGAGUCGGGGGCUACGCUACUAUUACCACAAGAACAUCAUUCACAAGACCAGCGGGCAGCGUUACGUCUACCGCUUCGUUUGUGACAUCCAGGGCCUGCUGGCCGAAUUGGAUAAGAAAUUGCAGAUUUAGCCCGCGACAACCAUCUUAAAAAGAGAACCUUUUCUUCAUUCCUUACGCACCAAAACUUCAGAAGAGAGAGAGAGAGCAGGGGCGGCUCCCUUGGAGAAGACUCUGGCUUCUUUUAAGCUACAUCUAAAGCAAGAAGGGUGCAAGAAAUGCUGGCUGUGGGCUGUGGACCCUCUCUGGAUUGGGCAGGGCAAAAAAACAACACACACACACACAAAGCAGUUUUUUUUUCCCCUGGGGUGGGGGAGGGAAAUUAUUGCUCUUGUGGGAUGGGAUAGGUAAAAAUAACCCACCCACCCACCAAAAAAUAGAAUUGGGGUCUUGAUCUUAGCUUUAGAGAAGGAAGGCAGGGAGGCAGCUAAUAAACCCUGGGUAAAAGUAUAGAACCGUGAUAGCGAAUUGAUGGCACGCGUGCCACAGGUGGCACACAGAGCCAUUUG